CUUCCUGUACCUGUCCUCAAGGUCGCCCCCGCGCUGCCCAUCCCCCUCCCCCUCCUCCUUCCUCGGCAGCUCGUGGCGCUCCAGUCCACAGAGGAGAGGACACGACACGACGAGGGGCCAGGCAGCAAGCUCUGCUCAGUCCGUUCCGCGGGCCGGUCGGUCGGCGAUGGCGCGGCACGCGGGCACGGCGCUCCUGGACCUGGUGGCGGGGCAGGUGGACCCGGGCGCGCCGGGGUUCUGGCGCGACUUCCUGGUCGGCAUGCUCAAGCCGGCGGCGGCCACGGCCGUGGUGGCCAUGGCCGUCGGGCUCAGCUUCUCGCAGCGCCUGGGGCUCGAGGGCGAGAUGCUCUACGCCAUCGCACGCGCCUUCCUCCAGCUCUCCGCCAUCGGCUUCGUCCUCCAGUUCAUCUUCGCCCAGAAGAACGCGCUCUGGAUCCUCCUCGCCUACCUCUUCAUGGUGACGGUCGCCGGGUACACGGCGGGGCAGCGCGCCAGGCAGGUGCCGCGCGGGAAGCGCAUCGCCUGCGUCUCCAUCCUCGUCGGCACCGCCGUCACCAUGCUCCUGCUCGUCCUCCUCGACGUCUUCCCCUUCACCCCGCGCUACAUCAUCCCCGUCGCCGGCAUGAUGGUCGGCAACGCCAUGACCGUCACCGGCGUCACCAUGAAGAAGCUCCGGGAGGACGUCAAGAUCCAGAGGAACCUGGUGGAGACGGCGCUGGCGCUGGGCGCGACGCCGCGGCAGGCGACGCUGCAGCAGGUGAAGCGGUCGCUGGUCAUCGCGCUGUCCCCGGUGAUCGACAGCGCCAAGACGGUGGGGCUCAUCGCGCUGCCGGGCGCCAUGACGGGGCUCAUCAUGGGCGGCGCGUCGCCGCUGGAGGCCAUCCAGCUGCAGAUCGUCGUCAUGAACAUGCUCAUGGGCGCCUCCACCGUCAGCAGCAUCCUCUCCACCUACCUCUGCUGGCCGGCCUUCUUCACCAAGGCCUUCCAGCUCGACGACAGGGUCUUUGCAGACUAAGAUACAUGCUGGAUUGUAAUGUAACCGAGUCCCAGUUGUUUGAGCCUUUUGAGGUAGAAACAGAGCUAAGAGCUGUGGCUUUCGGUG